GAGUGGGAGGAGCGACAGAAGAUGAGGCAGGAGGAGCUCACGGCAGUCGCCCAGGCGAUCUCUGUGCUCAGCAGCGACGAAGCGAGGGACCAGUUCAGCAAGUCCUUCAACCCGAGCUUCCUGCAGGAGGCCCGCCGCGCCCAGCCCCACGGCCGCGGCGCCGGCGGCGCGGGUGCGCGGCGGCAGCGAGUUGGCGCCGCGAGGAGACAGCAGCUGGCCAACGUCUCCGCGGGCCUGGCGAAGGCGGCGCAGAAAGUCCACAGCCCGCG